GUAUUUACGGGACGCUGUUCAGGCGCAACAAGGAGGCUGCGUUCAGUAACUAUCGGCUUUGGGAGUCUGCUGGCUUCGUGGUGGCUUACGCGUACAGCACGCACCUGUGCGCCCGGAAGAAACUAUACGUCAUGGGCGUCGUGCUGUUUGUCGGGUUCGUCGGGUACAUAAUCGUCGAGAUCAGGCACAGCGUCAAGGCCAGGCGACUCAAACGGCUGGCCGACGACCCGAAGUCGGAACCGCUGCCCGACGAGACCGUCAACGAGACCGACGACGAGAAGGACGAUAUCGAUGACGAGAUCAUCGUGACGCAUUUAUGAACAACGGGUGAGUGGGCGACGACGG